GUGCGCAGGCGUGGCCCCACCCGGCCCGGCUAGGGAGCCCCUCCUCCUCCUUACCCUCCCCGGCGGAAGACUUGUAGGGACCCUGCCGGACGAGGAAACGAGUCCAAGAAGAAACUGCCACAUGACGGAGCCAGAAUCUGAACCUGGGUCUUCUGAGUCUGCAUCCCAUGCCCUCCCAUGUAGGGUGAGCCCUGUGGCUGACUCAGCGCCAUCACUGACCACAGCAGCUCUCCCCAGGCCUUUCCUGGAGCAUCAGAGGGGUUCUCCUGCUGGGAAGGCAGAGUCUGGAAGCCUGAGGGGAGGUCUCAGCUAAAGGGGCCCUUGUUUUUGAGCCCCCUGGCACCGGCUCAGGGAAGGAUCUGUCCCAGCCAACUCCUUUGACCCAAGUGUGCGAGGCCAGAUGCCCCUCCUGAACCCACGCCAGGCCCGGAGAGGCGUGGUAGGGGUGCCUCUGGAGGCCCGAAUGUUUGCGAAGAGAGCUCUACCUUCUCAGUACUCUGCCCUUCCGCUGGAGAAGACCCUGAAGGAGGAGGAAGCAGAGGAUGAAACAGUGGCUUCUGGCGUCCUGACCCCUGGUCGGUCACAGGAAUUGGUGACAUUCAAGGAUGUGGCUGUUGACUUCACCUGGGAGGAGUGGGAGCUGCUGGAGCCCGGUCAGAAGGCCCUGUACAGGGAUGUGACGCUGGAGAACUAUAGAAACCUGGUUUCCCUGGGACAUCCUGUUUCCAAACCCAGUGUGAUCUUCCAGUUAGAGCAAAGUGACACGCCGUGGCUGCUGGAGAGAGAAGCACCGAGAAGCAUUUUUCCAGAUUGGGAGGCCAGGUUUGAGACCAAAGAAACAGUUUCGAAGUCUUAUUUCGCUAUCGAAAAGCCAUUCCAAGAAUCCUGGCGUGGUCCCUGGGGUUCUCAUUGGGGGGAAUCCUGGGAAUGUGGUAGCAGGUUGAAGAGGCAGCAGGGGAGCCAGGAGAGAAAUUUCAGGCAAGUACCAUUUGCCCACAAGAAAACUGAUGAGCCAAGAAGUCAGGAAUGUAAUAACUUUGAGAGAAGUUUCUGUUCAGACCCAAUUCUUAUGACACAACAGAGUGCCAGAAAGAGUCUCCCUAAGUAUGAUUCGCAUCAACUUUUCUUUGAACAACAUUCUGACCUAAUUCAACUUGAUAGGAUCACCUCAGGGAAAAAACCUGGUCAAUGUGAUGAAUGCUGUAUUACCUUAACUUACCCGUCAGACCUUGUUCAGUGUCAUAGAAUACUUAAUGGAGAGAAACCCUAUGCAUGUUAUGAAUUCGGGAAAACUUUCCACCAGAGAGACCUUACCCGAGAUCAGAAAACCCUUAUUGGCGAGAACCUCCACAUAUAUAAUGAAUGUGGGAAAACCUUCAGUGAUAACUUAACUCUUACUCUACAUCAGAGAAGUCAUACCAGAGAGAAGCUCUGUGAUUGUGAUGUAUGUAGGAAAGCCUUGAGUGACACCUCGUCCCUUCCUCCACAUCAGAGAGUUCAAAUUGGAGAGAAAUCCUACAAAUGUCCUGAGUGUGAGAAAUCAUUCAGUCAGUAUGCAAGCCUUAUUAGACACCAGAGAAUUCAUACGGGUGAAAAACCUUAUAAAUGUAGUGAAUGUGGAAAAGCCUUCAGUCAGUGCACAAACCUGAUCCGACAUCAGAGAGUUCAUACUGGAGAAAAGUUCUUUAGAUGUCAUGAAUGUGGGAAGACCUUCAGCAACAGUUCAUCCUGCAGUAUCCACCAGAGAAUUCACACUGGAGAGAAACCCUAUGGGUGUGGUGAUUGUGGGCAAGCCUUCAGUCAGCAGGGAAGCCUUAUCCAACAUCAAAGAAUUCACACUGGAGAGAAGCCCUUUAAGUGUAAAAAAUGUGGAAAAGCUUUCAGCCAAAACAUACACCUUACUCAACAUCAGAGACUUCACACCGGGGAGAAAAUUUAUAAAUGCAAUGAAUGUGGUAAAGCCUUCAGCAAUAGCUCCACCCUUAUUCUACAUAAUAGGAUUCAUACUGGAGAGAAACCAUAUGAAUGUAAUGAAUGUGGAAAAACCUUCAGCCAGUAUACAACUCUUAUUCAACAUCAGAGAAUUCACACUGGAGAGAAACCCUAUAAAUGUAAUGUGUGUGAAAAAACCUUUAGCCAGAGUACCAGCCUUAUUCGUCAUCAGAAAAUUCAUACUGGAGAGAAACUCUGUGUAUGCCUUGAAUGUGGACAAGCCUUCAGUCAGCAGGGAAGUCUUACUAAACAUCAGCGAAUUCAUACUGGAGAGAGGCCCUAUAAAUGUAAUGAAUGUGGGAAAGCCUUCACCCAGAGUAUGAACCUUACACGACAUCAAAGAAUUCACACUGGAGAAAAAUUAUAUAAAUGUAAUGAAUGUGGAAAAGCUUUCAGUAAUGGCUCGUCUCUUACUCAGCAUGAGAGGAUUCAUACUGGAGAAAAACCCUAUAAUUGUAGUGAAUGUGGUAAGGCCUUCAGCAAUAGCUCAUCAGUUACUCAACAUGAAAGAAUUCAUACUGGAGAGAAACCCUAUAAGUGUAAUGAGUGUGGGAAAGCCUUCACUCACAGUAUGAAUCUUACCCGCCAUCAGAGAACUCAUACUGGAGAGAAACCCUAUCACUGUAAUGAGUGUGGAAAAUCUUUCAGCCAGAAUAUGAACCUUACACGACAUCAAAGAAUCCAUACUGGCGAGAAACCCUACAAAUGUAAUCAAUGUGACAGAGCCUUCAACCAAAGCACGUCUCUUGCUGAGCAUCAGAAAACGCAUAGGAAAGAAGCUGGGAAAUAUAAUAAGUGUAACCGGGCUUUUAGCUGAAGUGGAUACUAUCAGGGAAUAUGACUUUUUGUUUGUUUGUUUGUUUAUUUUUAAGUGGAAAAAAGCUCAUUAAUCAUUGUGAAUGUGGGAAAGCCUUACCAGAGAGCAGAGAGUUUUAUCUAGUGAGAAGUGCUAUAAUGCUGUGAAAGUGAGAAAAUCUUCAGUUAUGAUCUAGUCCUCAACUAAUGUCAGAGCCUGAGAGAGAAAGUCCCUCUGGCCAUGGCAAAUUCUCCUUCUCACUUUUCCUUUACUGCUUUUAGUGAACCUGUGGUCUCACUGACAGAAAUAUUCUUUCCAUCACCGUGGAUUGCUGCCCGUCCACACAUUGUCAUUGUUGAUCAUUUUCAUUUACGCCAUCCCGUAGAGGCCCCGAGCCUACGCCGCCCAGAGAAUUCACCUUCUGUGGAGGCCUUCCUCUGGUUUCUUCCAUUUUGUAAGUCCCUAUGGAGUGUCCAUCUGUUGUCUUUCACUCUUACCGCAUGAGCUGCCCUUCCUGUCCCUCCACCCCAAUUUCUGGCCUUAUGUUUCCUUAGUGAUAACCCUCAUAUCAUUGCUUGAGCAUAGCUCAUCACUGAAAAUAUCUUACAACUUAUGCCAUUUCCUUUGGGUCAUCUGCAGCUUUGUUUCUUUGGAGAUGAUGGUAUUCCAACAUCCUUAUCAUCUACAAUUUCUGCUCCAGCGAUGUGUUCUGAUGGAGUAAUUCAAUAGACUAACCACCCACCUGUAUGUCAUAGUGUGGGCAGCAGAAAAUUUUCAUCCAUUUCCUUUUUCUAGUAUCAAUUGUUAAUCCAUGCUCUUUAAUAAUUAUGGGUCUUCCUGAGAAGGCCCUGCGAUUUCCAGAUUUCCAGGGGGUGGCAGGUGGGGCAGAGUAGGAUGUAAUCAGAUUAGACAGUGUCAUCCGCAGAGGGGAGUGCCCAGAGACCAGUAUCUUCGAGUCAAGUCAAACCAACAGACAUUUAUUAAUUAUUUCCAGUAUGCCAGGCACUGUGUCCAAGUGCUGGGGAAAUGGAAAAAGCAAGGAGCUCACAUCCUGGUGGAAAUCUUUCUUUAUGGAAAUCUUACAUCUGCAGGAAAUCCCUUCUCCGUUUAUACCUAGUGCAAGUCAUCCACCAUGACGGUGGCAAACCCACAGACUUUGGCAAGUGUCCAUCUCCUUGUUGAUGCCUUAUAACGUGAGUGAUCGGAGGACUGUUAGAAAGUCAUCUUUGUGAUUGUGUUUGUCAGAGAAUCUUACUUAUAUGAUCACUACGUAUGCAUGAGAGCCUCCUUUUGGGAGAGGGGCGGGGAAGACCCUUGGAGACUGCAUUUUGCUCUGCUUAAAGUGUUUGAUUUUGUUUUUGUUUUUGUUUUUGUAAUCAAUGAGCAUACACUGGGAUCUUAUAUUCUCUGCAGCAUUCAGUCAGUUAACUGUGUAACUAAGGGUAUUUGUUGUCUGAUGCAGAGAAUUUUUUUUUUAUGAAAGCCUGUUUGUUACAUUUUAAUUGCAAGUAUCUGUAAUAUAUGCAUGUAAAUCAUUAUAAUUGUAUAAGGAUGAGAAAGUAGGCAUGUGGGUUUGUAGCAAUUGGUGUUGUCUCGAGCCUCUUCUGGGCAUUUGGAGACUAGCGGUCUGGGCUAACUCCAUGGCCGCCCCUGUGGUAUGCCACGUGUCCUCGGUUCCCGUUUCCCCCCUACCUUCUAGCAGGUUCCUACAGUGGUGUUACAUUUGGGGCAGAGAAAGGAUUAACACAUUUCGAAGUGUCCUCGGCCGCUCUAGCUAGAAAAGCCCACUCUUUCCUCCUUAAAUAGAAACCCCUCAACCUAAAGGGGAGAGGCUCAGUGCUUUGUAUCUUUGUCCUAAGUGACAUCAGGGAUUUGGCAUUUGAUAAAACCCACUGUGAAGACCGUAGUCAGGAAAAUGAGAGUCCGUGGAGGCUACCCAGCUGAGACUGUCAUUGCAAUUCUUCAGUGCCUGUGUUUUCUUCCAAUAAACUCUACUUUACCAGACAAACAUGAA